UGCGAAGAGAAGCGAAGCGCGGCGCCGGGGAAGUUUGUCCGCUGCGCCGCCCCGUCCGUCGCCACGGCAACCGGCGUGCCCGCCAUGGCGGCGCCCAGCGUGUUCCUGCUGGCCGUGAGCGGCGAGAUCGAGAGCGGGGAGUUCCCGGGAUUUGAUGACCUCUACUGCAAGUUCUCCUUCGUCUACGGCCAGGACUGGGUCCCCACGGCGGGCCUGGAGGAGGGAAUCUCCCAGAUCACCUCCAAGAGCAGCGUCUCUCCCACCACGCUGGUGUGGAACUUCCCCAUCGACAUCACCUUCAAGAGCACCAACCCUUUCGGCUGGCCACAGAUUGUGCUCAGUGUCUACGGGCCUGAUUUCUUUGGCCAUGACGUGGUCAGGGGUUACGGAGCUGUCCACGUGCCCUUCGUGCCGGGCAGCUUCUGGGGCUCUCCUCUUUGUUCCAGGCACAAAAGAACCAUUGCUAUGUUUGUCCCAGAGUCCACCUCCAGGCUGCAGCAGCUCACAAGCUGGUUCACGGGGAGGCGCCCGGAGUUCACCGACCCCAAGGUGGUGGCACAGGGGGAAGGACGGGAAGUGACCAGGGUGCGAUCCCAGGGCUUUGUGACCGUUUCCUUCAACGUGAUGACCAAAGACCUGCACAAGCUGGGCUACGACGUCCCCCCUGCGCAGGGGCCCGGGGCUCAGGGGCUGCACAGCUUCUGAGGGGCUGCUGAGCCCCCCAGGGCCUGCUCACAGCUCCUGGGGCCUUUCCUGGGAAAGGAGGAGCUGCUUCCACUCAGUCAUCAGGAAAAACACCAGCCCAGGAGGAUCUGGGGAAACGGCCAAGCCUGCUCCUCUCAGCGAGGCUGAAGUGUUGUGGAAAUUGAUGUUAUUGAUAACAUUCAAUGUUUUUAGGGGUCAGACUCUCUGCCUGUAACAAAGUAUUUUUAUAGCUGCCUUUUGUACACAUUUUUAUACAAUUAAUGACACAGAAAGUUUUGAGCUGCAGCAGUUUCCCUGCAGUUAAAACUUUGCAAACCCAGUUUCUAUGUAGUGAUAUGUAUAUGUAUAUAUAUAUAUAUAUAGUGUGUUGCAAAUGAGAAAUUGAAAUUAGUGCACCUUCCAAAAAUGGUCCUGUGAAAUGCAUCCCCCUCUAAGCUCCUUUAGGCUGAAUAAACUCAGUUGUAUCAAUA